UAGUCACCAAGUGAAGUAAGCAAUUCAAAAGCAAAGGAAAAGAUAUAUACACAUAUUGUAAUUGGUUUGUGAUUUGUUUUAGUUGAGAGAAGGGGAAUGGCUAGUGUGAAGUAUGCAUGCGUGGUUGUGAUGAUGUGCAUGGCAUUGGUGGGUGCACCAAUGGCCGAGGCUGCAAUCACAUGCGGUCAAGUGGUGAGCUCGUUAACUCCAUGCAUCACUUACCUGACGAGGGGUGGGGCACCAACCCCAGGGUGCUGCAACGGAGUGAAGGGUGUGAACAACGCCGCCAAGACCACCGCUGACCGCCAGGCGGCGUGCAAUUGCUUGAAAACGGCUGCUGGUUCUAUUAGAGGUUUCGAUGCCAAUAAUGCAGCCUCACUCCCUGGCAAAUGUGGUGUCAACAUCCCCUACAAGAUCAGCACCUCCACCAACUGCGCCACCAUCAAGUGAAGAGUGGAUGUGGCGGGGAAGAAGAAGAGAGCAUAGUAAAUUUUCUAUCGCAGUGUUGUAGAAUGAAUUUACGAGAAUAAAGGGAAGGCGACGAGGGCUCCACUUAUGCGAGUUUCCUCAUGUAUUAGCAUGUUCCCGUAGUUGUUUCACACUUUGGUCUAGUUAUUAUCGUGUGUGAUGAAAUUUGUCUCGGUUGUUGCGUGUAUGGCAUAUAUAGUGAUUCCAUGCUACUUUGCCUUUUUAAUUUUCGCAAUUGUCUUAUUGGUUCUUCUCA